AUGGUGUUGGCAGACAAUGUAGGGUUAAUGAAAAUCACUUCUGACCCACUAAAGCAGACACAAGAGAUAAUAACGAUCCAAGGGAAAGAGGUGGAGGUGAUGGUAGUGGAAGUGGUUGGAGGUGGAGGUGAUGUAGUGGAAGUGGUUGGAGGUGGAGGUGAUGGUAGUGGAAGUGGUUGGAGGUUGAGUGGUGGUGGUGGUGAUGGUAGUGGUGGUGGUGGUGAUGGAGGUGGAGGUGAUGGUGGUGGUGGUAAUGGUGGUGGAAGAGGUGAUGGUAGGGGUGGAGAUGGUGGUGGUGUUGAACCUUCACGGUACGAGGAUAAAUUUUAUUAA